UCCCGCGUUCCAAGCCUUCCUGCGCACCUGCGCCCCAUCCAAGUUCUCUGCCAAACCCAACGAGGAUGUCCAUGACUGGCUCCUUAAGGUCGAUCGUUACUUCGAAUUAAUGAACUUGACCUCCGCCAACCGUGUCCUCGCCGGAAAGCUGCUGCUUGAUGGCUUCCCCGCCAAGUGGGCCGUUCAUGUACCAAAUGCCCCCAAAGGUCAAGACCCCUGGGAACAUUUUUGCAACCUUCUGCUCCAACGUUUCCAAGGCCGCAACAACAAGCUUUUUGCACGCCAAAAGCUCUACAACCUCAAGCAAGACAAGUCCGUUACCAAGUACAACUACCAGUUCGAGACCCUCCGAGCUGUUCUUGAUGACUUUGGUGAGGCUGAAGCAACACACUGCUACUUCAUGGGCCUUAAGCCAAAGAUUCGCGAGCACUUCGCCGGAAACCCCGCCCUCCGUUCCGAUCUUCCAUCCAUGAUGGCCAUUGCCGAAAGCCUCGACAAUGAACAAUUCCACAACUCCACGAACUUUCAGUCGUCAAGUUUCCGAGCUCGCUCCCGUCCCGAAUCCUUUCCGCAGCCUAUGGAAUUGGAUACCAUGUCUGGUCAAAAUGACGAAAAGCAGAGAAAGUUAGAUCUGAAGAACUGCACCUGCUUCCUCUGUCAUUCUACUGGCCACCAGAUCCGUAAUUGUCCUAAGAAUCCCAAGUCGGGAAAAGCCUCGUCCCAUUAA